AUCCCGGUUGCGCGUCUCUCCUGCCUGUCCGUCUUUGUCCAGCGGCGUCCGUAGGCCGUAAUUAACAUGGCCAAUUUCGUGUUUGGGGAUAAAAUAUAAUUGUAAGUUUAUUUGAUAUUAAUUACGGAGAACAAGAGUGAUAUGUAUGCAGUAAUACAGGGGGAAGGUUCUUCGUAGCGGACACAAACAAGAGCAAUAUAGUAAGAUGACUGCUAGCAAUGUAAGACGGCUAGCUAGCUAGCUAACUGGUCAGCUAUCUUGUGCUAAAUUACUAGCUAGCUAGCUGAAAAACAUCAUUGAAUUAAACUGGUAAUUUCACCGUCGUAUCAUCUAUAAACGAAGAUCGGGAUUAUCCCGACUCUGCUACUACAUGCAUCCUCUACACUGGAUUCUUGUUUUCAAUGAUUGUGAUUCUAGUUUGAUCAUAGACAGAUGUCUAGCAAGCAGAGUUUACGAGGGUAACGUUAGGCUACAUGGUCAUACCAGCUUGCAUGUUAGCCUAGCUAUCUUACACACAUCUGUAAGUGAUCAUAUUUUCUAAAGAGGGGGAGUGUUCGACGCUUUGCUAACUAACCAACUAACUAGCUAUUUGGCAGUCGUUUUCACCCAAAACCAUUGUACUCGUUGCUUUUUUUUUAUCCAUUGCGUUGUCUGACGUCUUGGCUUGGAGUUCGUUUUUCUGGUUGUUAGAUGGAGAAAUAGUUCCCGUGAUAGAUAUAAUGAGGAAUAGCUAACGUUAUGUAGCUGCCAUGUUAACUGAAUUCAUGGAGUAGCUUGGAGCUGGUAACGUAAGCUAAUCCUCUGGUUCUUUGUUAAGAUCACCGGAGUAGUGUUUGGACCCAUUAAAGACGUGCUCGACAAUUUUACACUUUUUCUCUAUAUGAACGGUGACAUGGCACCGCACCGACAGUCAUAUUAAUGGCUGCCGAAUCGGGGAGACUACUGGCGGGACAAAGUCAAGGAAAACGAGGCAAAGGUUCACAGAUGCUGAAGAGCCCGGAGAAAAAGAGAAAAAAAUCCAAUGCACAGGGGCCGGCGGUUUCGCACCUCUCCGAGUUCGCGCCCCCGCCCACCCCCAUGGUCGACCACCUGGUGGCCUCCAACCCGUUCGAUGACGACUUCGGAGCCCCGUCCCGCCCCGGUGGUGCUGCCUUCCUGUCCAGCCCGGGGGCGAGUGGGGCCGGCGGGGGCUAUGGGGGUCCCGGCCGAAUGGGGGGCCCCAUGGGCUUCAUGGGGGGCCCUGGCGGGCCUGGAGGAGGUCCGCCUGGACGCAGGCCGCCGUUCGGUCCACCUCCACCCAACGCCGGGCCGCACCACCUAGGUGGUUUUGGGAUGCCAGGGUUUCCAGGAGGUGGAGGAGGCGGCGGUGGUGGAGGUGGCUUCCCCCCUGGCGGGCCGUCGCAGUUCAACAUGCCUCCCAACUUUAGCCCGCCCAUGCAUCCUAGUCAAGGAUUCAAUCCCAUGUUGUCCCCUGGCGGGAUGGGUGGACCAGGGGGCGGGGGACCCCCACAUCCGCGCUUCGGGAUGCCUCCGCAGCAGCCUCAGCAUGGCCAGGGCGUCCACCCCUUCAACAGCCCUCCUUUACCAGGUGGAGGGGGUCCCCGGGGGCCACCCCACGGGCCUAUGAACCCCAUGGGCGGCAUGCCAGGCGGGAUGAACAUGAUGGGAGGCAUGGGGGGCCCUGGAGGAGGAAACAUGGUUGGGGGUCAUCCGGGGUUACCCCCACAAGGACAGUUUCCACCGAACCAGGAAGGCCCCUACCCAGGCCCCAGUCCUCCAGGCAACGACGAAGGGAAGAACUUUGGCCCUGGUGGCCCCCAACCAGGCCCACCCCAGCAGCAGCCCCCUAACCUAAACCCCUCCGGCCCCCCGACCAACAACAACACCCCUGGGCCUUCCCCAUCCUCCGGCCCCCCCCAGCCUGGGGGAGGAUUCCCCGGUCACCCCGACGUCCAGCAUCCCAACCCAAACACCCCCGGCCAGCCCUCUUCCGUCCCACCCCCUCCCAACCCCAACUCCUCUCCCACUGGCCCUCUGAAUGGCCCUCAGCAGCCGCCGUCCAAUCAGCAUCCGCCGCCGAACUCCACCGGUGGCCCGUCCUCCAACAACUCUUCCCAGCAGCCGCCGCAGACGACGCCCCCCAACUCCGCCCCUGGUCCCACGCCGUACAAUCAACAGAACAGUGGCCCGGGUUCUGCCCCCAUGGCUAACCAACCGCCCAACUCCACCCCUAACAACUUGCCCAACAACGGUGGUGGCAACACGCCUGGCAACAACCCCAACCCCCCGUCCAAUUCCACCCCGACUCCCACCACCCAGUCACCCCUGCCCCCUGGUCCCGCGCCCCCCUCUUCCGGUCCCGGCGGGGGCCCCCCGAAAAUGGGCGGGGGGUCGGUUUGCCCCUGCGGCUUUUGCCUGUCCGAGGUGCACGACGACCAGGAGGCCAUCUUGUGCGAGGCGUCGUGCAAGCGCUGGUUCCACCGCGACUGCACGGGCCUGACGGAGCCGGCGUACGGGCUCCUGAACCGCGAGGACGCCGCCAUCUGGGCCUGCGACUUCUGCCUCAAGAGCAAGGAGAUCCAGGCAGUGUACGUACGACAGGGGAUGGGCCAGCUGGUGGCGGCUAACGAGGGCUGAGAGAGAGAGAGGUUUGUUUGUGUGUGUGGUGCGGUGGCAUUCUGGGAUGAAAGAGGAAGAUGUGAUGGUUGGGGUGCGUGAGGAGAGGGAGAGGUAAGGAAGAAAUGGACUUUCAGCAGCGAUUUUCUGUCUUUGGCCUUUAUUUUGGAACGCUCUACGCCUGAUUCUCACUAAUGUUGUUUCUUCUCAUUCUGUAAAUAAGCACUUUGGGUGUCUCUUUUUAAAGAAAAAAAAAACAAACAAACAUAAUUUACCGUUUCAUUGGCAAGUCCAAACACAUUGUCUGUAAAUUAUACAAAUCAAAAGCACACCGGAGCUGUCGUGUCCUCUGGUGCAGCACUGACAUCAACGCGCUACCUCACACGCUCUACAAACUCACCAGCCCAGACCAGACCACCAGGCAAGGCUGUGUCACACUGUCAUUCUUCCCCUCCUCUCUCACUCCUUUCUCUACCAAGGUUCCGGCCUCCCUCUCAGCAAUCUCUCUCCCAGUUGUAGCCCACCUUGCACGCCUCCUGUGAAACAGCAUAAUGCAGAAGCAACCAAUCUGUAGAUACUCGACUAUUAACUCACCAACAGACUUCCCUCUGUCCACUAAGGAACAUAGUUGAACUGAACUUUGAACUGCAAAGGCAAAUGUUCCAAGGCUCCUGCAGUCACAAUGGAUUGUUUUCUUUUGUUUUGUUUUUGUUUUGUUUUUCAUUUUAAAAGCUCCACCUUCAGACAUGUUUUCUCUGGCAGCGAGAAAAGCUGAGCUGGCAGACUAACAAUGGGGAUCGGUGUAGCAUGUAGUGAAAUCAGUCAUAUCAUGUCAUAUGUGUAUAGUCUUUGGCUUGCAUGUGAACCAAUGCAGUAACUUGUGUUUUCUUUUUUUUGUUGGUUUGUUUUUCUUUUGUUUUCAUUUUGGGCCUUUGCUUUGAGCAGGGCCUUGAAGUAGACCAAAUAACUGGAUGAAAAAAAAAAAAGAAUUCUCCAAACUCAUCUUACUGUCACUGCGCAAGAUGUUUGUAUUUUUUUUUUUUUUAAUAUACGUUAUUUUUUUAACAUUUCUGUCCAAGUUGCCUUUCUCUUAGCUGUUCUUUUUUGGUACUGAUAUCUGUGCUGUUCUAUGUGCUCUUCUCUGGCGACCUCUGGUGGUUUGGAGGUGCAGUUACAUGCGGGGUGGGAAGAGGGAUGGUACUGUAAUGUGCUCAGAAGUAAAGCGAAUUUUGAUUUUGUA